AUGGUGCAGCGGGACAGUAGUAUUGAGCAAAAACCAAGUGAUGAAAUGGCAGGAGACAGCGAUGCGAACGACGAAGCAUCUGUAUGGUGGAACACAGCCAAAAAUGAUAACGCUUGGUGGCACUCAUUCGCUAGGGCCAUAGUAACUUCUGGACCUAUUUUGGAGUGGUGCCAGGAUUUGGGCGUACUCGAAGUCACCGUCUAUGCUUUUAGCAUAGAGAAUUUCAAGCGUACCUCUGAAGAAGUCGACGGUCUGAUGAAGCUAGCUGAGGAGAAGUUUUCCAGGCUUCUUGCUGAGAAAGUAAAGCUUGAAGAGAAGCAGAUUUCGUUCCGAUUUUUUGGGAAUAUCGCUAUGUUAUCGCCGAGACUUCGAAAACUAAUCGCCCAAAUUCAACUUCUCACGAAAGACUACAAUAAGGGAGUUGUCAAUGUUUGUAUGCCGUACACUUCAAGAGACGAGAUUGCUCGAGGAUUUGAGUUGAUUCGAAAGGGCAGAGAGAAAGGUCUUCUUGAAGAAACCCAAAUCUCAGAAUGGCUUGUAUCUCGGUGUUUAGAUAGCCGAUUAGGUACUUACCCUGACAUGCUUAUUCGAACUAGUGGAGAGAAGCGAUUAAGUGAUUUUCUUCUGUGGCAGUGUUCCUCGAGUCAUAUUUAUUUCGAUGACGUUUUAUGGCCAGAAUUCAACUAUUGGCAUCUGUGCAAAGCAAUUCUUUCCUAUCAGUACCACUGCAGCACCAUACAGGAAAUUCAACGAAGAAUAGAGGCAAAUGAACCUUCCACCGAAGAAAGACUAGCACUGGAACCAUUCCUUGAGUAUGUGGAAGAGUUGCACAAUUCAGCGUUACAUGAUUUUGCAUGUUUAGAAAUAUAG